AACGAAUUCCGUUAUUUUGUAGGAAAGAAAAACGUUUUGGUAAAAAUAUUGUGUGGUAUUUAGAAAAGAUAUUUUAAAAGUAAUUUUUUUAAUCAACGUUUGCUGAUAUUUAGAGAAAAUGGGGAAGAAACAACAUCAAAAAGACAAAAUGUACCUGACUGCAACAGAAUGGAGUCAAUUUUAUGGUGGAAAGAAAACUGUUGCAAAUACUGGUGGCGCGGAAUUUCGGCGGCUACCUUUUGACCAUUGUGCUUUAUCUUUGCAACCAUUUGAACAUCCCUUAUGUACUCCAGAUGGCACUAUAUAUGAUCUUAUGCAUAUAGUUCCAUUUCUUAAGAAAUAUCAUAUUGAUCCCGCCACAGGAAAGCCUUUAGAUUCAAAAUCUUUGCUGAAACUGAAUUUUACCAAAAAUUCAGAUGGAUUUUAUCACUGCCCUGUUUUGUUCAAAGUUUUCAAUGAGAAUUCACACAUUGUGGCAAUAAGAACAACUGGAAAUGUAUUUUCAUAUGAGGCUGUUGAACAACUGAAUCUCAAACCUAAAAACUUUAAAGAUCUCCUCACUGAUGAACCUUUUACAAGAAAUGAUAUAGUUACUUUACAGGAUCCAUCGAAUCUUGAAAAGUUUAACUUUCAUAAUUUCCAUCAUGUAAAAAACAAAAUGGUUAUUGGAGAUGAGGAUAAAGAGGAGAAAAGCAAAGAUAGUUAUCACAACUUGAAAAGUAUAAAUUCUGUUACUAAGGAAGUCUUAGAUGAGUUAAAGAAAGAAGCUAUGAAUAAACCGGCAGAAAAAGAGACACAUGUGAAGAGAAAAGCUGACAAGUUUAAUGCUGCACAUUAUUCUACUGGUGCUGUUGCUGCUAGUAGCACAUCUACUGCUGUAGAACCAUCUACUUUUCAUGAAGCAGCUGUUCUGGAUGAUGACAUUGUGCGAUAUGGUAGAGUGAAGAAAAAAGGAUAUGCACGAAUUGUAACUAACUUAGGGCCACUGAAUUUAGAAUUACACUGUGAAAUUACACCAAAAACAUGCGAAAAUUUCAUUAAGUUAGCAAAAAAUGGCUAUUAUGAAGGUACUAUUUUUCAUCGAUCAAUCCGUAAUUUCAUGAUUCAAGGUGGUGAUCCCACUGGUACUGGGAAUGGUGGAGAAUCAGUUUGGAAAAAGGCUUUUAAAGAUGAAUUUAGCCCAAAUCUUAGUCAUCAAGGCAGAGGAAUUCUCAGUAUGGCAAAUUCAGGCCCAAAUACAAAUAAAUCUCAGUUCUUUAUCACAUAUCGUUCUUGUCAACAUUUGGAUAAAAAGCAUUCAAUUUUUGGAAGGGUUGUAGGAGGCAUGGAUACUCUCAGCAAAAUGGAAAAAAUUGAAACCGAUAAAAAUGAUAAACCGCUUGAAGAAAUCAAAAUACUGAAAGUUAUAGUCUUUGUGGAUCCUUUUCAAGAAGUUGAUGAUCAGCUUCUGAAACUAAGAGAGCAGGAAAAAGAAGAAAAAGAAAGUUUGUUGGUGAAAAAGGUUGAACCAGAGCAAAAGAAACUGAAAACAUUUCAUAAUGGUGUAGGAAAAUACAUAGACUCAAAAUCAGUGACAGAAACUGAAAAUGAUGUAGUUGAAAUUAAGAAGAAGAAAAAUGUAACUGGUAAAUUUGGUGAUUUUAGUUCAUGGUGAAAAUAAAUAAAUUGUAUUGUUUUCUGAAAAUAUUGUAUGUACAUUGUAAAUAUCUAUGUGAAAUAAAUUAUAAUUUUUAUAAGAAUAAAAUGAUAAUCAUUAAUUUAAA